AUGAAAAUGUGUAUAUGGUCUCCUAAAAACGAAACCGAAUCCACUGUGCAAAUGUCGGCAUACGAGAACGUUGUUACAGGAAAGCUGAAACUAAAGGGUAAGGCCCUUGACGUCAAAGCUGGUGGAACCAAGAAGACGAAGAAGAAGAAAAACAAAGUUUUAUCUAAUGAAAUCACUCAAACAAUCGAGAACGAGUUUUCUGAAGGCAUGGAGUUGGAAGAGACAACAAACGAUGGGAAGAAAUCAAAAGAUGGUUCCGGUUCGUAUGUAGAUAAUUUGACUCCAGCUGAGAAGCGUUAUAUGGAUCAACGACAGAAAAUAGACAUGCAAAAGAUGGCAAAAACAUCAAACAAAUCACAUCGUGACAGGAUUUCUGACUUCAACCAGUAUCUCGCAAACAUGAGCGAACACUACGACAUCCCAAAAGUUGGCCCUGGCUAAGUAGCAGCUACCAUUCCAGAAUUGUAUUUGCAUGCAUUUAUCUUUUGUUUUGCUACUUUCAUUUUGUUGAGCAAAUUGAAAUGAAAUCAUGUCAAAUAAAAAAAAAAACAUCACUUCUACUUUCCUGAAUCUUUUGUUUUACUAGUUUCAUUUUUUG